UUGAUGACGCCUUGAGCUAGACUGAAGCUGUAGAAGCAUCCUAGUAGUAGGAUAAUGUCGACGAACACACAAUUUCUGCUCCGACCGAGCCUGGGUCCGCUGCGAACGGCUGGGCAGCACUCCAAGCGACGGACAAUCUGCUCGACCUCGAGUCGUCGUCAAGCAGCAGCGGCACCUCCAAAAGGCAAACGGUAUAGAGAGACGGUGUUUUCCGGAAUUCAGCCUACAGGUAUCCCACAUCUAGGAAAUUACCUAGGAGCCAUCCAAAAUUGGAUCGACCUACAAUCCCGUUCAUAUACCAGCCCAAACCCACCCCGGAUCCUCUACUCCAUCGUCGGUCUGCACGCGAUCACCCUCCCGCAAGACCCCAAGAAACUGAGGGAAGAGCGGAAAGAUGCUCUGGCUUGUCUGUUGGCAUGCGGUUUGGGUCCUGGGAGCAAAUCGGCUGGAAGCAGCUCGAGCGUCAGGAGGGAAGAGCCGAUCUUGUUCUUCCAAGAGGAUGUACCGGAACACGCCGAGCUGGCUUGGUACCUAAACACUCUGGUUGGGGUCGGUCGAUUACAAAGAAUGACGACUUGGAAGUCCAAGCUCUCGAUCGCUAGACCCAACGGACAGGAUCUGACCGCCGCAGAGGAAGAAGCGGAAGAGAGCUUGAAGUUAGGGUUGCUGGCGUACCCAGUAUUACAGGCGGCCGAUGUCAUGCUCUACAAGUCGACGAUCAUCCCUGUAGGAGAGGAUCAACAGCAACACUUGGAGCUGGCAAGAGAUAUCGCACAGACGUUCAAUCAUCGGUUCGGCGAGGUGUUUCCCUUGCCGCGGCACGUCAUCACACCGUCAAAACGAGUCUUAUCCCUGACAGAUCCUUCCCAGAAGAUGUCGAAAUCCGCUCCGAACCCCAAUUCCAGGAUCUUGAUAACGGACCCGCCCGAGGUGAUCGUCAAGAAGAUCCGGGGGGCUGUUACGGAUAGCGAGAGGACGCUCACUUGGGACCCAGAGGAAAGGAGGGGGGUGUCGAACCUGUUGAGGAUCCUCGAUGCGUGUCAAGGCCUUCAAGGUCAGGGUCAGGGUGUGGAUGCAGCUCCCACGGUCCCGACAGACCAGGAGCAAGAUCUUGCAAACGAGACGCCGGACGACCACACUAUUCGGAUGUCAAACUUGACUUCCCGACUAUCCGCAGAGGGCAUUUCCUCGCACGCCCAGCUGAAAUCUCUCGUCUCCGAGAGUAUCAUAGAAGAGCUCCGAGGGAUCCGAGAGGAAUACCUCAGAGUUCGGGGUGACGAGGCUUAUUUGUCGUCGGUCGCCCAAGAGGGGAGGGAGAGGGCGCGGGAGGUGGCGGGGAGGACGAUGGGGGAGGUCAGGAGGAAGGUGGGGUUGAGUUCGAUUUGAUCGUAUUAAUGCGAUUCAGCCAAAGUUGGAUCCAAUUUUUUGGCAAUUCGAAUCGAGCCGAGCCGAGUGAGACUAUGGGUCCACCAACUUGUGAGAUCCCCAAUCUAUGUUGUACACGAGAUGGAUCUGCGGACAGUUCCAUCCAAACGGAAAUACAAGCAUACAGAGAGUUUUCAAGAAUACCGUCGAUAUCUGAACUCAGGGCCAGCUUUUUUGGUAUCACGGUCGCUGCCUCCCUUCCCGUGUUCAUCUA